AUGAAUCAAAUUAAAUGCGAGAAAUGCUAAUUUGUACCUGAGAAAUUUGUCUGUUUGGAUUGUGAACAUUCAUUUUGCCUUUCCUGCUUAGCUAAACUGUUUAAAUAAGUAUUAAACCUUAAUAACCAAUUGAUAGCAUGAGAAUUCAAUUCAAUGUAUAUCAUGUUAUGACAUAACAAUGUUAGAUGAUGAAACUAUUAAUGCAUUAAUUGAAGUGAAAUUGCAACAAUUAUAACCUCCAGUUAUCAUUCCAUACACUACUUCUAAAAAAUAAAAUAAUCAAAAAGACUUAAUUUAAAUUAAAGGUCACCCUUUUAUUGAAAAACUAAAUGUUUCUAUUGAGACAUGUUUGGAUAAUAUUCGAAUCAUUUAGUUUGAUAAAUAGAAGAUGAGAGAAAUUUCAAAUAAAAUUAAAUCUGAUCUUGAAUCUGAAUUUAAAUCAUUGCAUAUAUGUUUGGAUAAUAAAUUAGAAGCAUUUAUGAAUGAAAUUUCUAGAAUUGAAACUCUAAAUUCAACUAAUUUACAAAAAUAAGAAGAGGGAUUUUAGAUUGAUAUCAAAGAAAUGUAAAUAAUGAAGGAUGAGAUUAAAAGUUUAUUGUAAUCGCAAACAGGAAUUUAAGAUGAUAUUGAAUAAUUUAAAAUUAUAUUAAAUCAGAUUCAUGAAAUUACUUUCAAAACAAAUGAAAAAUAUAAGACUCAUCUCAAAUAAUUUUAAGAUGAAAUUUAUAGAAUACCAAUAAAGUGGACUGAUUUUUCAAAUUCUUAUUAAACAUUUUUCAAUAACUUCGAUUCAAUAUAACCAUUAUAAACAUCAUCUUAAUAGUAAUAAUAGUUUAUAACAGCAGAUCGAUUAGAAAAAAUUUAAUAAUCUUUGGUUAAGUAAACUUAAUAUUAAAUUAUAGCUCAAUCUCUCAUACAAAUGUCAAACCUAUUAAGGCAUCUCAUUAAUCUCAUUUAUCUUUAUGUUCUCCUCCUAGAAAUAGUUUUCUUUAAGAUGAACAUUAAAUACAAAGGAAAUCAAGCCGAAUUGAGUUAAUAAGUAAAUUAUAAAGCCCAGGUGAAAUCAGAGUUAGUUCGAUGAAUAGAGGAAAUACAAGAACAUUGGUUCCAAAUCUAAAUUUGACAGGAAUUUCGAGUAUAAAAUGA